UGCAUGCAUGUGCCUAACCUAUUUACAACACGUAAUAAUAUAUAUUCAUAUUAUUAUUAAGAUUUAAAAGCCGUUUUGUAAAGCAUAAUUAUCAUGGAUGAUAAUGAAGAAGCCGAUAUUGUAGCUUCAGAACACGAGCGUCUUAUUAAUGCAGUGUCUAAAUUAGACAAAACACAACAUAUAACUGAGCCCACACGAAACGAAUCAACCAAAUCAAAUACAGAGUUUAAUUUGAUAAAGAGAUCAAAUAAAUUGAACCUUAAUGAUGUGGCGAAAGUCCUAGAAAAUACAGCGCAUAGUGUUCAAAUAAGAAAAAAGUUGAAAAACAGUCAUAAUUUAUCCAGUGUGUUAUCUAAACCUUUAGAAAAACCACAGGCUGAACGCAUUAAGAGAGCAACAGGAUACGAACAUGCCAAGGAAAAAGUUGGCCGAUGGAAUGCUGUAGUAGCUCGGAGCAGAACUUUAGAUUAUGUAGCUUUUCCACUUAGAAGUGGUACAUCUAAACUUCAGCCUACUAAUGAAUUUAUAUCAAAGUUUGAACUGAAAUCAGAACUAGAAAGAGAACUAGAAAAAAUAGAUCCACCAAUUGAGGAAGAGGUGGAAGACGAAGAGGAGAAAAUUUAUCCCAUGUCUUAUUUAGAAAUGGUGGAACAAAGACAACACAUAGCUAAAUUAAGAGCACAACAGUCAUACAAAGCAGCGAAAGCUAAAAGACAAGGGAAAAUAAAAAGCAAAAAAUAUCAUAGAAUACUGAAGAAGGAAAAACUUAAACAGCAAUUGAAAGAAUUUGAAGAGUUACAAAAGGUUGAUCCAGAAGAAGCACUUAAAAAAUUAGAAGCACUAGAAAAAGCCCGAGCCUUAGAAAGGCAUACAUUAAGGCAUAAAAAUACUGGAAAAUGGGCAAAGAAUCAAAUGAUACGAGCCAAGUAUGACAAAGAGGUAAGACAACAAAUUUCAGAACAACUUGCAGUGAGUAGAAGUUUGACUAAAAAAGUAGAAGAUACUGAGAGUACAGAUGAUGAAGCCGAUGGCAAUGAAGUUUUACCAGAUGUUUCGUUAGCACAAGAUCCUAUGAAUCCUUGGAUGGUAAAGAGGUCUGAUAAGUCAACUAUUGAUGCAACAUUUGACUUUGGUUAUAAAAAAUAUUUAAAGGAUCGGAUGUAUAAGCGUAAAAGUGAUAGUGAUACUGAUUCAAUUGAUGACGAAACCAAUGAGGGUGGAAGUAAAUAUGACAUUCUAAAUGACAGUCUUAAAAAAAUAAACGAUCAAAUAGAUCAGGAGUCUAAUAACAAAACAAGUAAUGAAAAUGUAAUAAAUAAAUUUGAUCACACUCAGAAAAAGAGAGUUGUACAAAAAACGAAAACAGUAACCGACAUUAAAAGUACGGAAAAGAAAACCCCAAAUAAAUCAAGAAGGAAAUCAGUAAAGACAAAUAAACUAGUAGCUACAUCAAAUUGGGUAGUUGAAUCUCUUGAAGACAUAGGAGAAGAAAUAUAUGAUACUGAAGAAGACAUUACAUCUGCAUUUGAUUCUUUAGAGAAUAAUGUGGUAAAUAAAGUAGAAAUGAAGUUAAAUAAGCUUAGGAAUACUAUUGAACUGUUACAAAAUAAAGAAAAGAAAAAGCUAUUCUAUAAAAAACCGCAAAAUCAAAAGAAGAUUAAAGACAAUACUGAAUAUUUGGACUUUAAACAACAAAACAAGAAAGCAAUUAUUGAUGAAAGUUUAAUUGAAACUGACAAAAGAAAUAUUGAUGAAGUUCAAAAAGAUAUUAGUUCUAUUACCAAAGUAAUGCUUAGUCCAAACACCGCCGUGGAAAACACAAAUACAAAUAUAGACCCCAGCAGGUUUAUUGAAGUGAAACCAAAAUAUUUAAAUAGUGUUCUUCCUAAAGGUGAUGAGUUGGAUCAGUUAGAUGAUGAUGAACAAGUUGUGCCAAAAGUGAAUAUUGAAGAAGUAUUUGAAGAAGAUGAUGUCGUAGCUAGUUUCAGACAAGAGAAAGAAGAUGAAAUAAAGAAAGAUCAACCAGAGGAUAUUGAUUUAACAUUACCAGGAUGGGGUAGUUGGGGUGGAAAAGGUAUUAAAAACUCCCAAAAACGUAAAAGGAAUAGAUUUAUUCUUAAGGCCGCACCAAAAACGCCUAGGCGAGAUGAAAAUAAAGGAGAUAUUGUAAUCAAAGAGUUUAGCAACCCUAAAUUGACUUUGCAUAAAGUAACUGACAUACCAUUCCCAUUUCAAAGUGUUAAAGAAUAUGAGGCUUCUAUCAGAACUCCAAUUGGUAACACAUUUAUUCCGGAAAAAGCUCAUAAAUUGCUAAUUCGUCCUGCUGUUAUUACAAAGGCUGGUACAGUUAUUGAGCCAAUGGAUGAGGAGGAAUUGCUUGAACGUAAAAAUCGUAUUUUUGACAAAACAGAUGUUAUAAAUCUUUUAGCAAAGAAAUAAAAGGUUUUAAAA